CUGUAAUCCGAACCAGCUGCGCCCGGGCCGGGCCCGUCCGCAUUGUUUAACAUACUUCGAAAAUGAAGUGUUCAUUUCUGACAUUCCUCCCGCAGCUGGCUUGAUGCGGACCUGCCGAAGAGGCUAAGCAAAACCAGGUGCCCGCUCCGUGGGCGCUCAGUGCCCGCGCCCGGCUCUGCCCGCGCCGCCCCCGCCGCCCCGCACGUGCCGCAGGUCCCGCGCCCGACCCGCCGCCCUCGCUGCCCGCCGGCGCCCCGCGGCCCCUGGACAUGCCGGGAAUGCAGAGGCUACUCGCUGCCACCAUCCUGGCUCUGUGUCUCCCAAGGCCUGGGAAUGCACAGCAACAGUGCACGAACGGCUUCGGCAUGGACCGCACCACGGGACAGUGCUUAGACGUGGACGAGUGCCGGACCAUCCCCGAGGCCUGCCGCGGGGACAUGAUGUGCGUGAACCAGAACGGGGGCUACCUGUGCAUCCCCCGCACCAACCCCGUGUACCGCGGGCCCUACGGCAGCGCCGGCGCUGGCGCCUCUGCGGGCGCGUCCUCCGCCUCGUCCUCCUUCUCCACGCCCUACUCGGGGCCCUACCCCCCCGCCGCCCCGCCGCUGCCCCCGUCCAACUACCCCACCAUCUCCAGACCUGCCAUGUGCCGCUUUGGCUACCAGAUGGACGAAGGCAACCAGUGCGUGGACGUGGACGAAUGUGCGACAGACUCCCACCAGUGCAACCCCACCCAGAUCUGCAUCAACACGGAGGGCGGGUACACCUGCUCCUGCACGGACGGCUACUGGCUGCUGGAGGGACAGUGCUUAGACAUUGAUGAAUGUCGCUACGGGUACUGCCAGCAGUUGUGUGCCAAUGUCCCCGGCUCCUACUCCUGCACCUGCAACCCGGGCUUCACUCUCAAUGAGGACGGAAGGUCUUGCCAAGACGUGAACGAGUGUGCGGCCGAGAACCCGUGCGUGCAGACCUGCGUCAACACCUACGGCUCUUUCAUCUGCCGCUGUGACCCGGGAUAUGAACUGGCGGAUGACGGCGUCCGCUGCACCGACAUGGACGAGUGCAGCUUCUCGGAGUUCCUCUGCCAGCACGAGUGUGUGAACCAGCCAGGCACCUACUUCUGCUCCUGCCCGCCUGGCUACAUCCUCUUGGAGGACAACCGAAGCUGCCAGGACAUCAAUGAGUGCGAACACAGGAACCACACCUGCAACCUGCAGCAGACCUGCUACAAUCUGCAGGGGAGCUUCAAGUGCAUUGACCCCAUCCGCUGCGAGGAGCCAUAUCUGCGCAUGAACGACAACCGCUGUAUGUGUCCCGCCGAGAACCCUGGCUGUAGAGACCAGCCCUUCACCAUCUUGUACCGGGACAUGGAUGUGGUGUCCGAUCGCUCUGUUCCUGCUGACAUCUUCCAGAUGCAAGCCACCACCCGCUACCCUGGGGCCUACUACAUUUUCCAGAUCAAGUCUGGGAAUGAAGGCAGAGAGUUCUAUAUGCGGCAAACGGGGCCCAUCAGCGCCACCCUGGUGAUGACACGUCCCAUCAAAGGGCCGCGGGAGCUGCAGCUGGACUUGGAAAUGAUCACCGUCAACACCGUCAUCAACUUCAGGGGCAGCUCCGUCAUCCGGCUGCGGGUGUACGUGUCACAGUACCCGUUCUGAGCCCCGGCCGUCGCCGCUGACAGCGCCUGUCACAGCCCGCGGGGACAGCAGAGGAGCCGAGGAGCGGAAGCCGAGCGCCUUUCCUGCUGAGUGUCUCCCGAGGAGGCGGCCCAGGGCCUGACCCGCCCGUUUUCAUGCUGACCCGCCACUUGGCGCGAGUUUGCCCCUAGCCCCUCCACGGCAGCCACCAAAAUGUCUUGUUCUGGGCACCCUGAGCGUCCAUACCCCACAGGCCAGGGUGCCAGUCUUGUAGCUCAUCUCCAAGAUGGUCCAAGAAAGUAGCUUCGCUUUGCUGGGGUGCGAGUUUCCAAGGUGGGGGGGGUGCGCGGCGCCUCACCCCCUCCACGCUGCCUUCCUCGCUCUCGCUGACCGCUGCUUUGCCGAGGCCCCGUGAGCUCGGGGCACCGGGCUUAGCUAGUUUGCUUCUUGCCUGAGGAAGGGGGUCGAGAGAAACGCUGGCAGGAGUGAAGGAGGUCUCAAGGAGUCGAUUGCAAAACUAUCCCUGGUAUUUGCAGCCAUAAAAGGAGUUUUAGUCGUCCUGAAAUCUGUAUAACGGUUUCAUCUUUCCUUGUUCAUUUGGAGUUUCUUUAAAAAAAAAAAAAAAAACGAAACCCCAAACGUAAGUGGUAGAGUUUCUUCAAGGAGGCUGGAGACACAUACUAAGCUCUGCCUCUUUCCAACCCAAUCUCCUGGCCUUGCCAGCGCCAACGUGUUCUCCGAGGACCCCUUCACUGUGCUUUCUUGCCGAGUUGGACCCACCUGGGUUGGAAGGCAGAGGUCUCCAAACUGAUUAAAUAUU